CAAACUAAAGGAAAAAAAUAUCGCGAGAGGAGGGUAGGAUAGGACGGCACGCUCCCGCAUUAGUCCGUAUGAUUAGUCCACUCCCAAUACUUAACACGGGAAAAUCCGGACACGGUCAACAUACUCGAUAUUUGAAAGCGUACAUACGACCGACCGGACCACGUCAGCAGCCGUAGCCAGGAAUUUGGAUGCGGCCUAGGUCACUGCGUACAGUAGGGAGCUCAGAGCGAGUGGUGUUUUGUGCGUAUUAUGACUGAUUGCAGAUUCCUACAUGACGAUUUUGAUAUCACCACGAGUGGCGUGUACACCAUCUACCCGUCGAAGUACCCUGGCGGUGUAGAGGUAUACUGUGAUAUGGAUACCCAAUACGGAGGCUGGAUCGUGUUCCAGAAGCGAUUUGAUGGGUCGGUAAAUUUCACUCGUUAUUGGAGCGAGUACCAGGACGGAUUCGGCGAAAUGACGGGGGAGUUCUGGCUGGGAAAUGAGAUACUUCUUCAUCUAACAGCAGAGAAUAGAUGGUCACUACGAGUAGACCUAAAGGAUGAUCAGGGAGAGUAUCAUACCUUACAGGCCAUGGACUUCGGCAUCAGCGGCAACAAAUACACUUUGACUCAUGGUGGAUCAUUUCAGUUUGAUCCAGUCCCUCCUUAUCUCAACAUGCGAAACUUCUCUACCUACGAUAUGGACAAUGAUGAGGAUACCAAUGUUAAUUGUGCAGCUGAGCUGAACGGGGGCUGGUGGCUCGGAACAUGCAAUGGUAACUCUGAUGCAUCGAAUGGCCUUAAUGGGGAAUAUCAACAAGGUCCAGAUGAUCAAGGUAUAAUGUGGGUUGGAUGGGAAGGCCAUCGAAUAGUCAAAUGCGAAAUGAAGCUACGUCGGUUUUAAUAUCAAAAGUGA